AUGAAGGAAAGGUGUCUUCCACUAAACUUUCGGAAAGACGAUUUGAAGGGAAUUCACAAGGAUCGAAUGAAAAUUGGAGCACGUCUGGCUGACGUUGAUCCAAUGCAAACAGAUUGUUCAGUACGGUUUGAUGGUGUGGGUGGUCUUUCUGACCACAUUUCAGCUUUAAAAGAGAUGGUCGUUUUUCCUUUGCUUUACCCAGAAGUCUUUGAGCGAUUCAAAAUUCAACCUCCAAGAGGCUGUCUCUUCUAUGGCCCUCCAGGGACUGGGAAGACACUGGUUGCUCGUGCACUUGCUAAUGAAUGUAGCCAAGGUGACAGGAGAAUAGCCUUUUUUAUGAGAAAAGGUGCCGACUGCCUGAGUAAAUGGGCGGGGGAAUCUGAACGACAGCUUCGUUUAUUGUUUGAUCAGGCCUACCAGAUGCGACCUUCAAUUAUUUUCUUUGAUGAGAUAGAUGGUCUUGCUCCUGUACGGUCCUGUGAACAAGACGAAAUCCAUAGCUCUAUUGUAUCAACACUUCUGGCACUUAUGGAUGGGUUAGACAGCAGAGGAGAGAUUGUGGUAAUUGGAGCCACCAACAGGCUGGAUUCUAUAGAUCCUGCUUUACGAAGACCCGGACGGUUUGAUCGAGAGUUCCUCUUCAGCCUGCCAAAUAAAGAGGCUAGAAAAGAUAUUUUCAAGAUUCACACACGAGACUGGACCCCUAAGCCACUGGACAUGUUUCUUGAAGAGCUAGCUGAAAAAUGUGUUGGAUACUGUGGUGCUGAUAUUAAAUGCUUAUGUGCUGAAGCUGCCCUCUGUGCUCUGCGCCGCCGCUAUCCUCAAAUAUACAAAAGCAGUGAGAAACUGCAGUUAGAUAUUGCUUCUAUUAAAAUAACAGCGAAGGAUUUUGUCAUGGCUAUGCAGAAGACUGUUCCAGCUUCACGGAGGGCUGUGGCUUCACCUGGGCGAGCACUAUCACCUAUUUCAAAACCACUGCUUGAAAACACACUAGCAAGAAUUUUACAAGCCUUGCAGAGAGUAUUUCCCCACGCAGAGCUUGCUCUAAAGAAGGGCCAACAAAAUGCUUAUUACCAGCCAACAUCUUGCAGGCCACGGUUCUUACUAGUUGGAGAGCCAGGAUACGGGCAAGCUUCUCAUUUGGCACCUGCAGUAAUACAUGCCCUGGAAAAGUUUCCAGUCUAUACACUAGACCUAUCUGUUCUGUUUGUUAGCAUCACAUCAUCGGAAGAAACAUGUGCACAGUUGAUGCGAGAAGCACAAAGAACAGCACCAAGUAUCAUUUAUAUUCCACAUAUCCAUUUGUGGUGGGAGGCUGCUGGAGCUACAUUGAGAGCUACUUUUACAACACUACUGCAGAACAUUCCAGCAUUUGCUCCAGUUUUGCUGCUUGCAACAUCUGAUGUGUGUCAUGCAGAUCUCCCAGAAGAGAUAAAAGAAUUGUUUAUUAAUGAUGAUGAAGUGUUCAAAAUCCAGUUGCCUAAUGAGGAAGAAAGAAGAACAUUUUUUGAGGACUUAAUUGUAAAUCAAACUGCUAAACCUCCUGCAUCAAAAACUAAGACAGCUUGGCAGACAUUGGAAGUACUGCCUGUAGCACCACCGCCUAAGCCUCCACAGCUGACAGAGGAAGAAAUAAGACAGCUGGAGGAGCAGGAGGAGGAUAUAUUGCGUGAACUGAGGAUUUUCUUAAGGGAUGUGACUCGUAGACUUGCCGGUGACAGACGUUUCAGAGCAUUUACAAAGCCUGUCGACCCAGAGGAGGUACCUGAUUAUGACGCAGUUAUUAAACAGCCCAUGGACCUUUCGGCAGUUCUCUCGAAGAUUGACUUGCACCAGUACCUAACUGCAGGAGAUUUUCUAAAAGACAUCGAUCUAAUCUGCAGCAAUGCUUUACAGUACAACCCAGAUAAAGACCCUGGAGAUCGUCUCAUUAGGCACAGAGCUUGUGCUUUGAGAGAUACUGCAUAUGCCAUCGUGAGAGAGGAAAUGGAUGAAGAUUUUGAACAACGCUGUAAAGAAAUUCAAGAAUCUCGCAAGAAAAGAGGACUAGGAAUUUUGCCAUUGACUUCACCCAUGCGCUUUGUGCAGUACUCCGUCGAUACAAAGAACGCCAAGAUCAUCAACCACUGCUUCAAGAGUACUCAGUUAAACCCUGCCACUGAGGCUGAAAGCAAGCUGCCUAGGACCUUCCAGGAGAUCUCCAAGAAAAUGCAUUAA